GUUCUAGUUUGUCAUGGUCUGGGCAUAGAGAAGCUCCACCUAUAAUCUCCAAUGCCUGGGCCGUGGACAUAAAAAUAUUAUAAAGAAGAACACAAGGGCACAAGGAAGGUUUUGGGUUUGUGAUUUUAUGGAAGAAGAAUAUAUGGCAGGGCGACACUGGCAGGGCGGGGCCGCCUGAUCUCUCCGCCCCGAAAUCCCUCUCGCCGGUGGAUGGAUCGGAUCCCAUGGAGUGUAGGCGCAGCUUCCAGCUCGAUCAAUUCAUGUGGCGCCUGGCUUGGAUGAGAAAUCGGACCUAGGCCGGAGGUAUGUCGAAUGUAGGUGCCGCCACUGCCGCCGCCACCGCUGGGACUUCUUCCUCGUCCUCGGCUGCUGCCGCCGCUGCCGUCGCCGCUGCCGCUGCCGCUGGAAUCGAUUCGCGCUUUGAUAAUCUCCAGCUCAUUGGCAAGGGCUCGUUUGGCGACGUCUUCAAGGGCUUUGACAAGGAGCUCAACAAGGAGGUUGCUAUCAAAGUCAUUGAUCUCGAAGAAGCUGAGGAUGAAAUCGACGAAAUCCAAAAGGAAAUUUCAGUGCUGUCUCAAUGCCGAUCACCAUACAUUACGGAGUAUUAUGGAUCUUUCCUGCAUGGAACAAAAUUAUGGAUCGUUAUGGAGUACAUGGCUGGUGGAUCUGUAUCGGACUUGCUUGAAACGGGAAACCCACUGGAUGAGCUCUCUAUAGCUUGCAUCAUUCGGGACCUCCUCCACGCGUUAGAUUACUUGCACAGCGAAGGCAAAAUCCACCGAGACAUAAAGGCUGCAAACAUACUCCUUACAGCAAAUGGUGAUGUGAAGGUUGCAGAUUUUGGUGUUUCUGCUCAGCUCACACGUACUGUGUCCAAGCGGAAAACAUUUGUCGGGACACCAUUCUGGAUGGCACCCGAGGUGAUCCAAAAUUCAGAUGGAUAUAAUGAAAAGGCAGAUAUAUGGUCCCUUGGAAUAACUACCAUCGAAAUGGCAAAGGGUGAACCGCCUUUUGCCGAUUUACAUCCCAUGAGAGUUCUUUUUUUGAUUCCUAAAAAUAAUCCGCCACAGCUCGAAGAUCAUUUUUCCCGCCCAAUGAAGGAGUUCGUUUCUUUGUGUCUCAAAAAAAAUCCAGCAGAGAGGGCUAGUGCUAAAGAGCUAUUAAAACACCGUUUUGUAAGAAAUGCGCGUAAAAGUCCUAGACUGCUCGAACGAAUCAGAGAGAGACCUAAAGUUCACAUAAGAAAACCUCGAUCGGAACACAUGUACGAGCAGGACACUGUCGAGAAGCCGAAAGGACUAAAAGCCGCGAAGGAUGGAGAGUCUCACCUACUCAGUCUGACAAAGGCAAUGAGAAAUGCUAGCUGGGAUUUCGGGACUGGAACGAUUCAAGGAAUUUCACAAGGCACCGGGACCGUUCGUAGUGGAUUAAGAACCCCAUUUGGUUUUGACGACCGAGUGGAAAGUUUUGAAGGAGAUACGAGCCCACGAAUUUCAAGCAGAUCUCAUGACUGGCACAGAACAUCUGUCUCAAGCUCUACCGAGCAGCAAGCAGCAGCUCAAGAACCAGAGACAUCCUUGGACAGUCAAGGAGAACUGUCUAACAAUUCCGGAACCAUGGUCAUCCACCGGUCUCUCAGAGAUCGUCCAUCAUUAGCAGCGUUAUCAUCACAAGGUUCUCCGUUGGCAUAUGAUCCUGAUGAAGCAAGUGAGUCGAGCUCACCGAUAUUUGACAGCGGCACUUUUGUGGCCAGAGAAAAAUCGAGCGAGUCCACUUCAAAUAGCGAGACACCACGAUAUCAGCCUCAAUUGGAACGGAGCGAGUCAUCCCUUCAGGAGGACAGCGCGAAGAACCUUGCAGAGGCAAAGGCAGCUUUGCAAUCAGGCUCAAGGAAAGGGAUGGGACGCGAGAAGCAGUCAUCGUCGAAACGGAGAGAAGACCCGGUUGUGACAACGGAUCCAUCGACAAGUGCCGACCCUGGACGGAAAUCUUCAUACUUGGACGUUCCGAAAGUUCGUUUAUCUUCAGGCGAAGAAGAGCACGCUCGCACUCUCAUCACAGAAGGUUCUCCAGCGCUUUCGUUGCUGCUCAUACCGGCUCUGAAAGAGACGGCCGCGGAGCAAUCAGAGGGGUCUGCGCUGCGUGCCGCCGCCGAUGCGGCGGACGCGCUCAUCGAUCUGGAACGAAUGGCACCCGGAGCCUGUGAAGUUUUAGUGACAAGAUUACUCAAGAGACUGGGAAGUGCUGAGGAUCCUUCGGUAAAAACGUUGCAGGAUUUAGCUCGCAAAGCUUUGGUAGUAGAUCAUCCCCAAGGUGCCGGAGACGGGCAUUUGCAAUCCACCACCCAACAGUUUGAUUUUGCGAAAUCUGGACAACAGAGAGGGCAGCCAAACUUGGAGUCGUCCGAGAGCUCGGGUUUGAGCCCUCUUGCCAGUUUCUUGCUGUCGAGGUGGCAAUCUCAACUUCCGCGUGACAUGAACUGUUACAACUAACAUGUAUAUUAUGAUUCUUCCCGGUUUUUUUUUUUUUCUUCUUUUUUUUUCUGCUUUCUUAUUUGAAGCGGUGUUGUAAACAAGGUUUUGAAGUAAACAGGAAUGUAGGAAUUAUAGCUAUUCGUAUUAGGUUUUAGGGUUUACAGGGAUUUAGGGUUUAUAGGUGUGUGGAAAAUGGAGGAGCGUAGCGAGGGCGCCAGCGCGCUGAUCGCCGCCAAGAUGCUGCAGGGAUGGGCGCUUCUCGGCGAGCAUUGUCCGGCGUGUUUGACGCCACUGAUGAGGAACAAGGAGAAGAGGAUGUAUUGCGUUUCUUGCCAGCAAUGGGUAGUGCGUGAGAAUGAGACUGCCAAGGUCGACAGGGCUGAGAAGAUCGAGAAGAUUGAGACUGGUAGCACCGUGGAAGAAGAUGGAAGAGAUGGGAAUUCGAGCACGGCGCCUUGGAGAGAUAGAGAUCAACCUCCACUUUUGCUUCCAAAGGUGUCUGAGGAGUAUUGGUCACCGGAAGUGAUAAGCACUGUGGAAGUGAAAAUCAUGGAGCUGCGCAAGGCCAUCGACGAAACUAGAGAUGUUGCGCAACUAAAACUGGUAGGCCAAGUUUCUUGUUUUCUUUUUCAACACAAACGCGCAACCUUUGCUUUUCCUUGGCAGCUCAUUGAUACUUUAACUUCGUGCUUGACAUGCCUGGAGCUUCUCCGGAAAAACUAGCUCUCGAGCGAUUCCGGCGUUCCUUUCCUCAGUCUCCGGGCCAUGUAAAUUUUCACGUACUCUCCGAAGCUCACUGGGCGAUACCGGGAUGGAUGAUCCGCGUCGACGAAUUCCGGCAGAGGCUUGAUCGUCGCCUCCACCGCUGGGUUGAAGAAGCUGGAAAUGGAGAGCCUCGCUCUUUCGGGAUUAGCCAAGACUCGGUGCUCAAAACUCUUGUAACGCUUGUUGGUUGCGAUCUGGAACAAAGGUUAUAUGGAAACUUCCAUUUCGUAUCA